GGAGGAGUGAGGAGCAGGGAGACGAAGAGCUCAACGGAGAGAACAUCACCAAAAUUCAAGCCAAGACAGAAGAAGAAGAAGCAGCUGGAAAAAAUAAAGACGUGGACUGUAGAGCUGAAAUUAGACACCAGAGAAGAAGAAAAGAAGAAACUGAACAUUUCAAUAAUAUUCCUGCAGGAUCAUAAAUUAUUUCUGUUGCAUUAAAUCGUUUUUGGUGAUGGAGAGUGUGAGAGCCGUGGUCUACCUGUCCGUCUGUCUGUCCGUGCUGACGUCACUCUGUCAGGGUCAAAGGUCGGCCGACAACCCACUGCCGUCUACACUGGACGAGCAGGUCCUAGGACUCACAACCAGAGAGCUGGCCGAGGCUCUGCAGGGUUUCCUGGAUGAAGCUGACAGCAGGGUCGGUCUCUCUGUGGAGAAGAAAGCCAGCGUCAUCCCGCGGUGUGACGUUGGUGAACGAUGUGCGAUGAAACAUGGACCUCGAAUUGGUCGACUGUGCGACUGUCUGAGGGGAACAGCCUGUAACACCUUCUUUCUGCGUUGCUACUGAACACACACACACACACACACACACACACACACACACACACACACACACACACACACACACACACACACACACAACUGUCUCACCUGGCUGUCUCGGUGCAUGUUUCUGUCUUUGUUUUACAGUUCCAGUGUCUGUCCCUCAGAUUCAUGUAUUUUUUUUAAAUAAAGUUUGUUCAUAAA